CUCCACCUGUCUGGCUGCUCGUACACGCCCCUCGUUCGCGCUCACCUGAGAUCAAACGUCAGUCCAGAGAAACAUCAUGACGCUACACUUUUCCUUCUUUAUUCUCAUUUUUACAAACUUAGCGAUUUUCCCAGUCCAGACCACAGACCAAACUUCAUAUUUGAAGAAGUAUGAUGUGGUCAAACCUCAGCUGGUUCAUGAGCGCUGGAAGAGGGAUGCAGAGCCCUCACAAACAUCUGCACAGGAUAGACAUGCUGAUAGCAUUACAUACUCUGUCAGGAUUGAUGGUCAUGAACGUAUACUACAUCUGACAAAGAACACACACUUUUUAUCCAAGAACUUUGUUGUGUUGUCUCAUGAUGCACAGGAGAAAGGGUGGACAGAAAAACUGGAGCUUUGUCACUAUCAAGGACAUGUGGAAGGUUAUGAAGACUCUCUCGUAGCUCUCAGCACCUGUGAAGGUCUCAGGGGGAUCAUUCUCAUUGGUAAUAAUAGCUAUGGGCUGGAACCUAUCUUGCACUCCGAAGCCAAUGAACACCUCCUCUUCCUGUUGAAGGACAGUCAGUCAGAACCAUUUGUAUGUGGACUGGCCAGUGAAACAUCUUCCAGCGAGGACCACUCCCAUGACACUGACAUGUCCAUGUUUUUACGGAAAAAACGAGCCUUACCUCAGACCAAAUAUGUGGAGUUGGUGUUAGUAGUGGAUCACCAAAGGUUCGUCUUUAAGAACAGCAAUUCAACUGCCGUGCGUAACGAGAUGGUCCAGUUGGCUAACUUGCUGGAUACGUACUACAAACAGCUGAAUAUCCGGAUAGCGCUGAUUGGCUUGAAGAUUUUUGACAAGGAGAACCCCUUCAGUGUGGAUGGCAGUGCUGGGGAAGUGUUGGGAAGGUUUGUGCAGUGGAGAAAGACAGACCUGUUACCUCAACUUAGGCAUGACGUGGGGCAGCUUGUUGUAGGCCGACCAGGAUCGUACCCUGGAGGUGUGCUCGGCAUGGCCUUCGUAGGGACUGUGUGCUCUGCAAACAACGGCGGAGGAAUCAAUGUGUUUGGUAAUGACAAGCUGCAGUCGUUCUCUACGGUGAUUGCUCACGAACUGGGCCAUAACCUGGGCAUGAGUCAUGAUAUCAGUGGUUGUACCUGUAAUGCUGGGAGCUGCAUUAUGGCACCCACUGCUGGAGGAGCAACUAAAUUCAGUGACUGCAGUGAUCAAGCCUUUGAAAGGUUGAUUCAGAGAGGUGGAGGGGCAUGUUUGAGGAACCCACCAUCUCAAGACAGCGUCGUCACGGUGCCCAGGUGUGGGAAUGGCAUUCUAGAGCAUGAAGAGCAGUGCGACUGUGGCACACCGCAGGAGUGUAAAAAUAAGUGUUGUGAUGCAGCUACAUGCACCCUCACUAAGGGCUCAGCCUGUGCUGCAGGAAGCUGCUGUGAAAACUGUCAGAUCAACGUGGCCGGCACCCCCUGCAGACCGUCUAUCAACCAGUGUGAUCUGCCGGAGUUCUGCGGUGGAACGUCUCCAUUCUGCCCGGCAGAUUUCUACAUGAUGGAUGGCCUCCCGUGUGCCAGUAACACAGCCUUCUGCUUCGAGGGCCGAUGCCAGACAUUUGACUACCAGUGCAAACAACUUUUUGGCUCAGAAGCGACUAAAGCAGAUGAUAAGUGCUUUAGUCAUAUUAAUACUAUAGGCAAUGCGUAUGGGAACUGUGGAUACUCUGGGUCUAGCCCGAAACCUUGUGAAGUGAAAAAUGCUAUGUGUGGAAAAGUCCAAUGUGUAUUCAACAGCAACAGCCCACCUCCAGGAGCGUCAGUCAGCGUACAACAAAUAGAGGGAGGGACAAUCACCUGCAUGAAUGCUGACUUCAACAUGGGCCCAGAUGUGCCAGAUCCAGCCUAUGUAAAAAAGGGCUCAGUCUGCGCUCCUGGAAAGGUGUGUUUGGACUUUACAUGUUUGAAUGCUUCAGUUCUGGAUCAGAGUGAGAAAUGCGAUGCCCAGAAAGACUGCAACAGUAAUGGAGUGUGUAAUGAUCAGUUCCAUUGUCAUUGUAAUGAUGGCUGGGGUCCACCCCACUGUGACAAAUCCGGCAGAGGAGGAAGUAUCGACAGCGGCCCUGCACAGAUUGAUUACUCCCUGAGAAAUGGACUCUUGAUCUUCUUUCUUCUCGUCGUGCCAAUUUUGGUUGGCUUAGUAAUUAUUUUGCUCUACGUGUUCAGAAGAGACAGUUUCAACCGCUGUGUAAAGUGCCGUCCUUCCAAAAGCCAAAGGUCGACGAGUGCUGCAAGUGGUCCAUCAAAUGCUCAGUCAAAUGUCCAGGCAAACGGCAAUACAGCAAGAGUAGCCACCCCACAGUCAAUGACACAGCCACCUAAACCAGUACUUCCAGUGGAUUCCUCAGUAACUGACAUUAGACAAGGACCAGGAGUCCCCAGACCAAUCCCACCAAGACAGACCCAAGUACCAGUAUGAAGAAGGCGUGAUGUUGCACAGUUGUUGCUUUUUGUAUUAUAUUUUUACUUGACCCAAUUUUCCAAAGAAUACCAAAGAAAACAUUUUAUUACUCAGAAUCUUCAUCACCUCUUCUAUCAUUUAAAACAUAUGAAGGACCAAUGCUGUUCUGAACUAGCCAGGAAAAGUAUAUGCUGCUUAUAAUUUAAGAAUUUUAAAAAUGUUUACAGAGAUUUAUAAUUUUCUUUUAGCUCAGAAAGUGAUGACAGUAUGACUUCUGAAAACCUACGACGGUUGUUAAUAUUUAUUGCAUUUGGGGGAAGAAUUCAUUUCCCCUAGAUUAAGCUGCACUUCCUGAGUUCAGUUCAGGGAUCCAUCAAGAACAGCAAACUAGAAAUAUGUCAGAAAUUUGUGCCUGUUUAGGAACAUUCAGAAUAAAGGUCUUCUGCCUUUUUUAAUGUAACAUUCUGUUGUGUUAGUUAAGUAGCUCUUUAAUACAGUUAUUUGAUUUAAAUUGUAAAAAUUGUAAUUUUACCCACAAAAUCUCUAUUUUAUAUGUACCAUGAAUGUCAAAAUGAACAUAAUA